UGCAGAAGUAUCAGCCGAGACAUCAUCAUGAAGGGAACUAUUAUUCUAUUCUGUAUUUUACCCUGUGUGAUCUGCGGAACUCACUUGCCUGAACCAAGAAGAAGUUCACUCUUUGCUGUUACAAAUGCGGAAAUUCAGGGCAUCUCUCAGCAGUUGAAUGCAGCAGAUGUAAACAAAGCUGAGCCUGGUGAUAUUACCAUAAAUCUGCAGUAUAAGGUUAAUAGUAACCAGACUGGUGCAGGAACAGAUUAUGCCAGUCAAAAGCUGUUCAGCUAUGUGAAUGAAACCAAACUGUUUUCUCUCCCCACCUACUCACGCUUCUUAGCUCUGCUUGAUAAUUAUGUUAAAGGUACAGGAACACUGGAGAUAGUAAAUAGCACUGAGGUAGAGGAACAAACUGCUUUCAUUGAUGAGAUCUUCAAGACCUCUAUCUUCAGCAUCUUGUCUAACUUCCUUAUUGCCAAGGGUUAUUACACAUCAGUGGAAAGCUUUAAGGAUGACCUAAAGGAGAUGUGGUUCGGCCUGUACACUCGCAGCAAGGGUCCAUUAGAUUCUUCCGGAUUUGAACAUGUUUUCACUGGUGAAAUCCAACGUAAGAAGGUAUCUGGAUUCCAUAAUUGGGUACAGUUGUAUCUACAGGAGAAAUCUGGUCAAGUCAACUAUCUGAGUUAUAGUGUCAAUAAAACUAGGGACAACUUUCCUGGGGUGCUGGCAUUCCAGUACAAAUGGUCUUCCUACUUGAAGAAUCUUGGCUCUUUCUUUAUUGGAUCCAGUCCAGAGUUUGAUGUUGCUAUAUACACCCUGUGUUAUAUAACUCGCCGAGACAAAGGGUGUCCUGUCAGGUUGGGAAGCAUCUCUCUUCAAAUUCAAACUCAUAGCUGGACCAACUCCUUUUAUGGAAAUGGAAAAAGAUAUUUGGCAUCUUCAUACCCAAAGAUUUAAAGCAUUCAUGCUCCUUUGAAAAGUCUGUACGGUGGAGAAGUUAAUGCAGUUGCAAUAUCCGAAGUCCUGAAGUUAGCGUUCAUCGUACUUUCGCUCUUGUCCUUUUUGACUUUCAACUUGUAAUAUGUGCACGAACUAGGCGGCGUUAAAAUUGUAGUUUGAGCACAGUUAGCCUACAAGUGAAAAAGUUAGCAGCUACUUGUAAUCUUUCCAUAUAUCUAAUUAUAUGAUUUUUUAUAUUUAAGUAACUAAAAUAAGUUAGAAUAUAGUUGUUGAAGUUUAAACAGAGGAUGUAGAAAGAUGUAUUAUAAAAAUUUCUGCACUCACGAAAUUCCACUCACUAGAUUGAUUUUAAAUUCUUUUGCUUUAGGCACUCUAGGAAACAACCUCUUUCUCGUUUAGAUACACAGCACUUUAUGAGAAACAAAAAUGCAUAGACAAAUUCUGAUACAAUAUACUGCUCAUAGUUUUAUAUCCUUUCUUCCAAAUACACAUAUUUAAAUGUUGUACCAGCUCAUUGUGUUUCUGCUGAAUAAAGUCUUCUUCAUGAGAA